UCCAGGAGGGGCUGCUGCUGCUGCUGCUGUAGAGUCACUUUCAGGUUUCUGUGAUCAGCCAAAGAGCACCAUGGAGAAAGUUCGCUGCAACAUGACAGAGUUUUGGAAGGAGCACUCCAAGGCCGCCACAGUGGAGGAGAUGAUGCUGGAUUCUCGUGCCAAGGAGCUGACUGAGCAGGAGCUGCCGGAGAUCCUCUCCAUGCUGCCUCCUCUGACUGGAUACAGAGUGCUGGAGCUGGGAGCGGGGAUUGGUCGUUACACCAGCCGCCUGCUGACCGUGGCUGCCCACGUGACGGCUGUGGACUUCAUGGAAAGCUUUGUAGAGAAGAACAGGAAGGACAAUGGUCACCAUAGCAACGCCACCUUCAUUCAAGCUGACGUAACAAAGCUGGGUUUGCCCCAACUCAGCUUUGACUUCAUCUUCUCCAACUGGCUGAUGAUGUACCUGAGUGAUGAAGAGCUCCAGUCCUGUUUGGAGAAAAUGCUGAACUGGCUGCAGCCUGCUGGUUUCCUCUUUUUCAGAGAGUCCUGCAACCAUCGCUCUGGUGACAGCAAGAGAGACUUUAACCCCACUUGCUACCGCAGCGAGGCCCAAUACAGUCACCUGGUGACGUCAGUACAGGUGGAGGCACCAGAUGGGAGCAAAACGUUUGGUUUCGACAUUGUGUUUAAAAAGAAAGUUCAAACCUACGUUGAGAUGAAAAACAAUCCACAUCAGAUCUGCUGGCUGCUGCAGAAGGUGCCCCGUUCCUCAAACACACAGAACGGGUUCGGUACCUUCCAGCAGUUCCUGGACAACCAGCAGUACACCCGCCGAGGCAUCCUGCGCUACGAGAAGAUGUUUGGAGCUGGUUACGUCAGCACAGGUGGACCCAGCACCACCAAGGAGUUUGUGGAUCUACUGAACCUGAAGCCUGGACAGAAGGUUCUGGAUGUUGGCUGUGGUAUUGGUGGAGGAGACUUCUACAUGGCCAAGACGUUUGGGGUGUAUGUUCUUGGUUUGGAUCUGUCUGACAACAUGGUUGAGAUCGCCAUGGAGCGGGCGAGAAGUGAGAAGCUGCCAUCAGUGCAGUUUGAAGUAGCUGAUGCCACCAGGAGAACAUUUCCAGAAGGCUCAUUUGAUGUGAUCUACAGCAGAGAUACAAUCUUGCACAUAGAUGACAAAUUAGCACUCUUUAAACAAUUCCAUUCGUGGUUAAAGCCAGGCGGCCAGCUGCUUAUCAGUGAUUACUGCUGUGGGGAGAAACCCUGGACUCCAGCGUUCGAGGCUUACGUCAAACAAAGAGAAUACGUCCUGUACACACCUGCAGAGUAUGGCAAGUUCAUUCAGAGAGCUGGUUUCUGCAGCGUUCAAGUGGAGGAUCGGACGACCCAAUUCAUCCAAGUGAUCAAGUCUGAGCUGCAGAGAGCAGAAGACAUUAAACAUGAAUUUAUUGAGGAAUUUUCUGAAGAGGACUAUUUUGCAAUAGUUAAUGGAUGGAAAGAAAAACUGGAACGUUCCAAAAGUGGAGACCAACGAUGGGGACUCUUUCAUGCAACGAGGAACUGAGGGAUUGCACAAAAAGUGAAGAAGACAAUAAAAGCAAUCCUUGGAGCUGAAAACCCUUUGGUGUAAUUCCAGUUCAAAAUGGCUGCCACAGCUAAUUGACAUUAGCUAACACUAAAACAAUUAUAACUCAGUCAGAUUUGCAGAAGAUUGCACUGCAUCACAUUAAUUGUGUGUAGCAUCAUUUUAAAGGUUGGGUACAGCUAAACAAGAAGAUCUAAAACUCUGACAUGA